AUGGCCGAGCUUUCAGGAGCGCUAGGCAUCCAGGCGCUGAGUUCGGCACGGCAGAGCGAGCGGAGCCGGGGCGCCAGCUUCGACAGCGGUCUUGCUCGGAAGCCGACCAAACCGCCUGCUCGCCUGUCUCGGGUCCUGUACAUCCCCGUCCACUCCAGCUCCGAGCUUCAUGUCUCGAUCCACGACGUUAGCGCCGGGUACAAGCAUGUCAUUGGCCACGCCCCGAUGGGCGGAAGCGAGAUCAUAGGUGACGCGGUCAUGGGCAGCCGGUUGUUCAUGACACGGCUGGGGACUAUGAACAAGCCGACGGCUGGCGCGGAGGGGAGCAAGGUGCAGUACGCCUUCGACGCUGUAGUCGGCGAUACGGAGGCUUCGGCGACCUUGCAGCGGUGCCCACCGGGCAAUGCAGAACAGGCUGUGAAAAUCUCUCUGCCACACGCAACUGACGACUUUGAACUCGUUGCGGACGAGCAGGUGCAUGCAGUGGCCUCGUUCCCCGUCGAAGACACAACCUCCAGCGUCGGAACUGCUCGCCACCCGUUCUACGCGUUGCCUUCCCGCGACGGUUCAGAGAAACUGCAGUGGCAGAUUCACCCGCUAGAAACCGGUCCGCUGAGAUACACUCUCGUUGCCGAUCCCUCUGAGGGCGACGAGGACCUCACGCCAGCGGAAGACAGCAUCAGAGCGGUGUAUCAUCAGAUAGGCUCGGGUCCUUCCUUGUCCACCGCAAGCAGCGAAGGUGUCUUGCUUCUGCCAGAGGUCAAGUCCGGCGACACAUCUUUGACAGAAGAGAUGGUCGUUGCCAGCUUGCUGGGGCUGCUGUGGAGGGUCCGUGGCAUGGAGGUGAAACCAAGGGUUGACAAUGUCCCGGCUCAAGCUGGUAAAUCAUUUCUGAAGCGCAUUUUCAAGAAGGACUAG